CUCUGUUCCGCCAUCAUCAAAAGCAUCAAAUCUGAUCUUGCUUCGUGUCACGCAGCCAGAAAUGAAGUCCUUUCUGAGUCUAAAACGACGGUGAACUCAUUAGCUGAAGCCUCCUCCAUAACUGUAGGUAAUCGUUCCCUGUCAUUAUUACGUCCUGAGCUAGAACCAAGUUGUUUCGAGGCGACAGGUUCUUUUUGUGAAGCCGAACCCUUCAAGGAUCAAAUAAGUCAACAGAGCCAACCCAUACCACUUACCACUAGCUCCCAGAUUAGCGCCGAGAUAUCUGACAAACAUGCUAGUGGUCUUCUGCGAACUCAAUCUUCUGAUCGUAUUGGCACUGACUCACUGGCAAAGGACACCAUGAACGGCAUAUUGUCUAGUGACCCAGCUGUCUCAAAUGCCCAAACUCCGUUAAUGAAUGCGCCUCGAAGGAAAACUCCUGCCACCAUUGCAUCUCCUGCUGAUUCUAUCACUCACUUAGCAACUUCUUUGGCACCUAGCUCUUCACAUCAAUAUAUCAGAAUGCCCAUCCACGGCACAUGUUUGGAGGAAGAGAGGUAUAAAAAAGAGGCAUCUUUUCACUCACGUUCACAACACCAGAGUCAUUUACUUGAGCUACUAAGUCAUCAUUCAGAACGAGACAUUGCUUCUAGUAAGAUAGGAAAUAAUGAACAGGAUUUGCGACUACAAGAAGCAGCUUGGCUUGUCAACCAAAAAUUAGGUAAGGCAAAUUAUGUUGCAGAGGAGGAAGAUGAGAGUCAGACUGACCACGAUGUGUUGGCUGAGGUACUUGACGAAGUAGAUGAGGCUGCUAGCAUCGGCGAAGACGUCUUGUCUACCAAUCUAGCAAGUGUAGAUUUGCUGCUUUCGUUAGGACAUAUAAAUAAGACCAACGGUCAGGAUGAACGAAUCACAGACGAUGGGCCCAGUUUGCAACUUUCCCCUUCUCAACCGACCCUAAGCAGCUUAAACGAGGACUUCAACCAUUUCGUACAUCAGGUUGAAGAAGCUACUCCGGGCACUCCAGUAGCCUCGUUAGCAUCUUUGCCUCCGGAUUCUAAGUGA